UGGACGGACUCAUCAUGGCCACACCACACAAAGAAGUGACGUCACUCAAAUCUUAAACCCACACCGUCAAUAAUCCUAGCUAUUCAGACGAAGCAGCCACCACUAUCCUAGCUUCUGAGUAUCUUGAGCAGCUUCUUAUCGAACAAGACAAUCAAUGGCGCUUACGCUUCUGCUGGAUACUUGAUUAGUGUGAUGCAAACUGCUGCUGUUCUUGAAGUUCUUCAUGGAGCUAUUGGGAUUGUACCUAGUGGAUUCUUGUCUCCUUUGAUGCAAUGGAGUGGAAGAACUCACUUCAUAUUGGCAAUUGUUGGACAGAUCAGAGAGGUCCAGGAUUCCCCAUGGCUGUCAAUAACACUUGCAGCUUGGUCUUUGGGUGAGAUGAUCAGAUAUCCUCACUAUGCUUUUACUUGCCUCGGUAGAUGUCCCUAUUGGCUAACCUAUCUCAGGUACACAGGAUUCAUUAUGAUCUAUCCAACAGGACUAGUGGGCGAAUUGUUGAUCAUGUACAAAGCCCUUCCAUAUGUUAAAGAAAGGAAUCUUUAUGCAAAUUUCUUCUCUGUUUUCCCCUUCAGUUAUUACAGUUUCCUUUGGGCCGUCCUCUUGGUGUACCCGUUCCUUUGGUUGAAGCUUUAUCUCCAGCUGUUCAAACAAAGAAAGUCUAAGCUUGGAAAACCGCAGAAGCAUCAGAGCAAGAGAAAGAGAAUGUGAAGUCCAUUUAAUCGUCUCAGACAUGUAUCUCACCAUUGAUUAUAUAUGUGCACCCAACUGUUCCUAAAAAUACCUUAGUAGUAUAAUUCAUCGGAGACUUUAUCAAGGUCGAUCGAGAGAAGAAGAACGAAGUGAACAACCAACAGAAAUCCAGAUACAAAACCAAGUUUCACAUGGUUGAUUCACAAUAUUAUGUGUUCUACAAACACUAUUCUUCAUAUGCGAAGAAGUUAAAGAGGUCUCUAUACA